CUCGCCGCAUGGCAUCGACAGUCCAUCGACCACACACGACAAACCGACAUAGACAGACAGACAGACAGCCAGUCGUGUGAUUGACACUCUCGGGCAUUCAUGGCCGGGUCGAUAGAAAGGGCCGACAUGUGCGACGAUCGUGCGUAAGUCAUGAUAACUCUAACCUCUUUGGCCAUUGGCUGACAGCGAGAUAAACGCAAACAAUCAAUCGCAUUCGACGCAAUCAUUGUGUCGACCAGUAUGCAAUGGGCGCGGCGCACCACCAAUCGAGACCACCAAGCUUUCAUCGAGACCAUCAUGCGAUCUCAUUCAGCGAACACACCCAUCCAUCCAUCCAUGGCCAUCCAACAGCACCAACACGUCAAUUCAUCCAGUCAGCACCAUUAAACGCACCUCCUCACCCUGCCGCCAUCUCCUACCCCUCCGGCCGUCUCUGGCUGUUCACAUGCAGGCUGGCACGGGUGAGCCAUCAAUCAAGGCAUUCAAGUCGGUGACAUCCGACUGGAUGAGUGUCAUUGGGUGAACACAUGACAGUGACUCACACCGACAACCACUACCUGUCUGUCCAUCUGCUGGCCUGUCUGCCUCCCAUCUAUCAGUCCGUCCACACACACAGAGGAAGCAGCGAGUGAGGCAGCGACAGAGAUCUAGUCAUGCACACAUCAAAACCUGCCCGCCUGCCUCCCACAUCGAUGUGAAAUGUCAUCCAUCAACACGGCAAUAUCAGGCAGGAUGAUCCACUCGUACACCAAGUCACACACAUGAAGGAAAAUUCAUCACACAGUCAGGCCAGCCGAACAUGCCAAAAUUGGUGAUGCACCUCUCCCUCCCUCCCUCCAUCAGUUGAUGCCGAGUGUCACCCACUGCCCCCGUUCGUCGACGUACCCCAGCUGCUGCCACUCGAACGCCGCCACGUCCUCGGUGAAGCCGUUGUCGAUGCUGGCCGGCAGCCCGUCGUAUCUCGCGGCCUCGUCCAGGAUGGCCCGCUGCACCACCUCACGCAACUCCAUCAGCCGGUGCUGCCCGCUAUGCUGCCACCUGACGGCGAAGCACUGCAGCUGCGGCACCCGCACCCUCUCGCCGCCCACAUUGGUCGUCCCGCCUACCACCUCCUUAUUGCCCACCACCUGCAGCGAUGCGGCGGCCUCCACGAACCGCGACAUCGCGGUGUUGACGCGGCGGCCGACCUCAGUGACGUUCUGGACGGGGCGGGGGCUCUGCUGCAGCACUGAUGGGUUGACGAAGAACGACGCCACGCGCCAGGCGAUGGCCGACAUGUCCCGGUUGGCGAAGGGCAUGUAGUCGUCUUGCCAGGAGGGCUCCGGGUCGACGUGUGGGGGGAGGGGGGGAGGAGGCACCGAGUUCUGGGAUGGGUCGAAUGAGGGGAAGGCGGCCUUGAGCUGCUGGGCGGUGGCAUUGUGGAGUGCCUCUGUCAGCGCGUCGGCCAUCUCGCGCUGAGGUCGCAAGGCGGCGUUGACGGCCGCCAUAAUGGCCUGUGGCAGCUGGUUGAGCACUGUCGCGUACUCGGGCAGCACCAGCUGACGACAACGGCGGUCCUCCUCUGUGGCUGUGGGCAUGAGGGCGAUGUCAGCGCCUGCCUGGAGCAGCACACGGAUGGUGGUCUUGAUAUGGAGGAUCCGGAUGGUGGCCCGGUCCCUCUCGACAUGCCCCGUGGUGUUGUCCUGCAGCUGUUGGGUGUCGACAUCGAGCGAUAUGGCAGCGUAGGUGAGGGGUGUGACGGUGGGGUCAAUCGGCCUCCGUCUGUUGAUGUCAGCAGCGGUGAGACGGUGGCAGAUAGAUGCAGCGACACAGUGGGCGCCACGGAAGGCCGCGAAGUGCAAUGCCGUCACUCCCUCGUUGUCCACGGCCCUGAUGUCCGCCCCGUUGGUCAGCAGCAGGUCGAUGUAGCUCUCGAUGAACUGCUGGGAAUAGACGGGAGGCGUCAUGGCCGCACUAUGCACCAGGUUGCUGCCACUCGCUCUCCGCUCGGUUGCGAGUGUGCUGUCCCGCUCGAUGAGCUGUCGGUAGAAGGACAGCAGGGUGCGCUCGUGAGCCUCAGUCGGCUGGUCCGUCAGCAAUGUGGACGGCAGCGCCAGCACGUACCGCCCCUGUAGCUGAAUACCUGGAAGAGACAUACAGACAUCAUGGUGUGUGUUCCGUGUCGUAAGUGCUGUGAAUGGGUGUGCACCUGGCUGGCCCAUCAGGAGGUCGACCGCGGCCCGGUUGCACGAGGCAAUGGCCACUCGGAUGGGCGUAGACAAACGCCUACCGUCAUUGAUGUCGGCGCCUCCCUGGAUGAGGCUUCGCAUGACGGCGAGCUGGAGUCCGGGCGUCCGCCACGUGGGCAAAGCGACGGGGCAGUCGUCAUCGCCGUCCUCAUCGCCGUCGUCGGCUGCCCAGAUUGACGGCACGCUGUCUUCCGUGAGGUUGUCAAUCGCCAAAGACAGCAGCGGAUAAGCGAAGCAGUCGCCCGUGGUGCCCGCCACCCGCAGCCGUGGCAUCACAUUGGGGUCGGCUCCAUUCGGCUGAAUCAGGUCCGUCACCUGCUGUGCGUCAGUGAUGGUGCGGCGGAUGAUGGCCUUGGACAGCCGUCUGCUGGCGUCGCUGGUGCAACGAGGGAAGCGGACGUCGACGCCCUUCUCCGAGCUCUUCCAGCCGUGGGGUAGCGACGGACCUGGUGGCACAGCGUCAAUAUGAGAGGGUGGUAUAUGUGUGUGUUGGUGGGUGAUUCGUUCACCUACCUCCGUCCUGUCGGCCAUGUCCGCUGCCCGGCUGCCCAUCGGAUCCGUCACCACCGACACCAGCACCGACAGCACGAUCCCCACCAGCACUGACGCCCCCUUCGAGGCGGGGCGGUUGCGGUGGGCGAUGCGCAUGGCCGCUCAGCGUCGGAACAGUGGAUGGCACGCCAACAACAGCAGCAGCAGGAUGGAGGGGAGCGGGGGGACGCUGCACACACCAUACACAACACAACACAACACAAUUCACAAGACAGCCAUUCCAUCAUCGUGCUGUGGUGCUGCCUGAGGGGCAGAGGAGGCAUGCAAUCACCUGUGGCGGUUGGGCACUGGGCAGCUUGCCGGCAGAUUGGUGCGUCUGGCUGUCUCCCUUGGCCCUCUUGUGCUCCUGAUGCUCCAGAGGGGAGCCGACACGCUUCACAACACCUACACCUUCACACACAUACACACACGACCCAGACCAUGAUGACGUGCUGCGUCAGGCUGGCUGUGGUGCCUUCAUUGACUACCUGUAUAGCUGGAUGACGAUUCAUGCUCCCCUGCUGCUGCUGCUAGUGCUGCUGCUUGUGGCCCAUCCGCCACCCUUGCCGUGACAUGAAUGGCCUGCCGUGUGCCGCGGCGGAACAGCCGAUGACACACACACGCACGGGAGAGUGGGUGAAGGUGUGUGUCUGUCUGUCUGUCUGUCUGUCUGUCGCGGUGCUCUUGUUUGUUGCCGUACCGGCGAUGGCAUCUGAGAGGGCUCUGUUGUGGAGGCGUUGUUCCUCUGCCUCAUGACGACAUCGCUCACCGCACCGCCGCCCGCACGGCCCUCCUGGCCCUCCUCCACAUCCAUUGGCUGCCGCUCGUCACCGCCGCCACGUUGGCCUGCAGAUCUAGGAACGCACAGACACACACGAUGUUUGCCGAUAAUGCUGUGUGUGAUGUGCUGCAUCUGUCUGAGUUGAGUGUACCUUCAUCGCCAUCGCCACCGUCCGCCGGGCCAGCAGCGGCCAUGUCGGUGUCGGGACGACCAGAUGACAU